GGUCACACAAUCAGCUGAAUGCGGUGUCUUUGUUUGUUUGUUGUCGGAAUUAAAUGUAAACGAUCCUCGAUAAACAAAUAAAUAGUGAGAUAUUACUAUAAUAAAGUACUUAAACUCCCCCCUGAGAUGCCAAGAUGAGCAACGCUUUAAAAGCCAAGGAACUACUCAUACGCGCCGUGGAAUGCGACCAAAAUGCGCGGAUUUUGGAGGCGCAAACACUAUACACCGAAGGGAUCGCUCAGUUAAUGCAGUUCGUUAAUGGAGAACCUGACGAGACGAAGAGGAAGGGAUUCCUAGUCAGGAUCAAGGAGUACAUGGAUCGAGCAGACGCCAUAAAAGCGCGCGUAAAUGGUAAACUCAUGCUCGGCGAGGUGGUUUCUCAUGUUUCCAUCGAUGAAAAUGACACGGGCUUCGAUUACGAUCAGCUCUUCGGGAAGUAUAUGGAUGACAAGACCGUCGAGAUAAUGCUUGAGGAGCCCUAUAUGACGCAGAAUUAUCAGUAUCAAAAUCUUGUGAGAUUCUUGGAGCUAGCUGCCACAAACUGCCCAAACCUUAAGUAUUUUCGACUGAUCACUAAGGAGUAUCAGGAUCCGAAGAACCCCGAUCAACAAAGAACAAAUCUUGGACAGAUCAAAGCAGAUUUGGAGCGGAGAGACAUAACUGUCGCCAUUAAAUAUGAAGACUCGCUGCACGAUCGGAAAAUCUACUUGAGCAAUGGCUACAUCAUCAAGAUUGGACGAGGUCUUCACUUUUACAAGGCCUCCAAUCCCUUAUAUUCCAUUGGCCUGGUCAACUACAAAUUCCGAAAAUGCCUCCAAACCGAUGUGGAUAUUUGGCGCAAUAGCAGCGCAGCAUCCUGAAGUUCAGACAAUGAUAUUUAGCUUUAAAUGAUGCAAUGUUUCAUACAUUCUUUUGGAAAUUCGUUUUUAUAAAGAUUUCUUUCAAUUUCUGGAAAAACUA